GCCAGGCCCCAGAGUGCACUGCGGAUACGUGCGCGCGCGGCUCCAUUGACGAGAGACCGCGGGAAAGUUCUAAAAAAGUCAAAACAAAACAAAAAACCAGUACGAGGCAAAGUCAAAAUUUCAAGCCACAGAACCGGGCGGUGGCAGCCUUUCCGCCACUGCCCAAACUGCUGAAGCAGCUCUGGCGCGGACCAGCUGGGCAUUUGUCAUUUCUUGAGAAGCUGGGAGAGACCAAGAACCUAGAAGAGGGCCUGUACUACUAAAAGUGAGAGAAGUUAGCAGAACUUUUGGCAAUUUCACAGGAUUGGAGAGAUAUACAUCGGAGUUCCAAAGAUUCGAUGUGUGUUCACUGUUUCCUUCAGUGUGUGACAAACCACUGUGAAGGUACAUCACCUUUUCCCUUUUUCUGAGAUGGCUCAAGAUUCAGUAGGCCUUCCUUCUGAGUUUCAGUUUUGGAUGCGGAAGCUUUCCGUAUGGGACCAGGCAUCCACUUUGGAAACCCAACAAGACACCUGUCUUCACCUGCCUCAGUUCCAGGAGUUCCUGAGGCAGUUGUAUGAAGCCUUGAAAGAGAUGGAUUCAAAUGCAAUUAUUGAAAGAUUCCCCACAAUUGGUCAACUGUUGGCAAAAACUUGCUGGAAUCCUUUUAUCUUAGCAUAUGAUGAAAGCCAAAAAAUUCUAAUAUGGUGCUUGUGUUGUCUGAUUAAGAAAGAUGCACAGAAUUCUGGAGAAUCGAAACUUAACUCCUGGACACGGGGGUUGUUAUCUCAUAUACUUUCCACAUUCAGAUCUGAUAUAAAAGAAGUUGAUCUUUUUACUCAAGUUCUUGGAUAUGCACCCACAGAUUACUAUCCUGGUUUACUUAAAAAUAUGGUUUUAUCAUUAGUGUCUGAACUCAGAGAGAAUCAUCUUAAUGGAUUUAACACUCAAAGGCGAAUGGCUCCUGAACGAGUAAGGUCCUUGUCACGAGUUUGUGUCCCACUUGUUACUCUGCCAGAUUUUGAACCAUUGGUGGAGGCUCUGCUCACCUACCAUGGACAUGAACCUCAAGAAGUGCUCUGGCCUGAGUUCUGUGAUGCUGUGAAUGAGGCUUUUUUGCUGAAGAAGAUUUCUCUCCCCACGUCAGCUAUACUCUGCCUCUGGCUUCGGCACCUUCCCAGCCUUGAAAAUACAAUGCUGCAUCUUUUUGAAAAGCUUAUCUCCAGUGAGAGAAAUUUUCUGAAGAGGAUCGAAUGCUUUAUGAAAGAUUCAUUGCUGCCUGCAGCUGCCUGCCACCCUGCCAUAUUCAGAGUUGUUGAUGAAAUGUUCAGGUACGCACUCCUGGAAACUGAUGGAGCCCUAGAAGUACUAGCCACUCUCCAAGUGUUUACACGAUGCUUUGUAGAAGCUCUGGAAAAAGAAAACAAGCAGCUGAAGUUUGCAUUCAAGACCUACUUUCCUUAUGCUUCUCCGUCUCUUGUCAUGGUGCUACUCCAACACCCAAAAGAUAUCCCACAGGGACUUUGGCACCAGGCACUGAAACAUAUCUCUGAAAUGCUCAAAGAAGUAGUUGAAGACCAAACUCAUGGGUCCUACGGAGGCCCCUUUGAGAGCUGGUUUUUGUUCGUUCACUUUGGAGGAUGGGCUGAUAUGGCGGCUGAGCAGUUACUGACGUCGGACGCUGAGGCUGAAGCUCCAGAGGCCCUGCUGUGGCUCCUGGCUUUCAGCUGCGGUCCAGGCGCUGGGCGUCAGCAGAGAGCACAGACCAUGGUGGAGGUGAAGGCAGUGCUCAGCUGCCUCAUGAAGCUGCUCAGGAGUCCAACCCUCUCGGCCAGGGAUCUGCAGGCAGCAGCUGGAGAGGGCGGAGAGGGAGCUCCCAGACCGCCUGCCUGUCAGCAGCUGAUCAGGCGCCUCCUCCUGAACUUCCUGCUCUGGGCUCCCGGAGGCCACGCGAUUGCCCGGGAAGUCAUCACGCUCAUGGCUCAGACGGAUGCAAUAAUGCACGAGAUUAUUGGCUUUCUGGACCAGACCUUGUACAGAUGGGACCAUCUUUGUGUGGAAGCCCCUAGGUCAAGAAAACUGGCCCAAGAGCUCCUUGCAGAGCUGCGUGGGCAAGCCUAGCCCAGGCCAGUUAACCAGGGAGGCUACGCGAUGAAAUGGUGGGGCCGCUUCUUAUGGCCUCCGUUUGUAGAAUGCAUUCCCUCUUUGAGUUGCAAGAAUGAGCCAUAAACAUCUUGGCAAGAUCUGGUAGUACAUAUUUUACAAAAUGAGAAGUCAGGUGCUUUAGCCUGAAUUCAGUGAGAUUUACUCACUAAUGACGGGAUUAUGGUUCAGCAUUCCCUGUGCCUGUUCAGCCCGGAUGUCGAUUAGAGAAUCACUCUAGAAAAGGCUUGGAUGGGAGAACAGAUUUUUAUUUCCUUCCCCGCCGCCCCCCCCCCCCCCCAUAUCAAACCAAGAUGCACAACUAUUAUUUGGAUGUUUCAAACUCUUUGGACCAAGAAAUUGGUCAUGAACCACUGAUCAAUUUAGAAAGUAACGUAGCCGUUUUUCACAGAUCUCUUUUUUAAGAAGUCCUGUAAUUGUUACUGGUAUUUCGUCUUAUCCACCGGGAUACUCUCUUGCUCCCCUAAGACGUUCUUCUUCAUCCAGGAUGGUCAGGAUCCCUCAAGCUUCCCUCCCAUGCCCCCUGAGCAGAGCCCACCCAAGCCCAGUAGCAAGGAGUGGUGACGGGGGAGCGACACUGCUUAGCAAUGAAAUAAAGCCAGCUUUGGGGCUUUUUGCUUUAUACUGGCUAAGCACUGGCUGUUACCAAAAGAGCUCAUAUUACCUCAAAGGUGGCUGACAGGGGAGGGUACAGGAUGUGUUCUAGAAACAUUGGAAGAGAUUAGGUGUCAGUUCUCUGUUAACUAAAAUGGGAACUGGAAACUUCUAAUAAAGAAUUGGCAAUGCUAACAUUAAUAUUUAUUUCACAUCAGUUGAAGAUAUUUUUUUCCUUUCAGGUUUAUUCUUUUGCUUCUUUUGUGUAUGAUCUGUUUGUCGAGUGAGUCCAGACUUUUCUGACCACUUGGAUUUCUGCAUCAGUCAUCUCUGAAUCUCCCUCAUUCUUGGCUCCUGUUUGAGGUAUAAGUAAAGUUUUGAUGUAUUAGAGGUUGAGCUUUUAGGGGAGUUACUUGUUUUGGUAUAUGGAUCCACCUGAAGAUCUGGAAAAUUCCAAGACCUUCUGACCUGAGCCUUUCUUUAGAGAAAUGUUACAGUAUGAAAGGUAUAUUGUUAAAAUACUUUUAUCACAAGUGCCAUCAUCAUAUGCUUCCCUUGGCGUUGAGGACACCUCUCCUGUGUUGGCUUUUGCCAGGGAAGCUGUGAGCCACCUCUGUGGACAGGAAGAAAAGGGCUUAGUUUGGUGGCAGCGAGUAACCCCUAAACCGAGUGGCCGCUGGGAACCAGCCCCUCUGUGGGGAGUGUGCUGCCACGUGGACAUCCAUUCACACUGUGCUUCACAGCAAACAAUAAAAACCAGACGGUUUUCUCAGAUUGUUUAAGCUGCGUUUCUGGAAAACCCCUUCCUGUCCUGACCUUACCUCAGUCUGUUUGUAGUGUUUCCCAAUUCCUUUACAAAGCCUCUAACGUUCUCCUAAGCCUUGGACUGGGAUCAAAGAGGACAGAGCCCAAAACUAUAGGGAGAAAAGGCAUUAAUGACCACCCAUUAAUACAGAGGUUUUGUUAUUCAUCAGGACUUCAUGAUGUUUGCAGAAUUUGUUAGCUUUUUAAAAUUUGUAAUUUGUUUUAUAGUUUGUCAUUCUAAAUAAAAAGUCACA